UGUGACACUGUUAUUUGUUUUUAUUAUUUGGAAAAUUACUUUACAAGUCGAAAUUUCACACAUGACACAUGCACUUCCUCUUUCUUUCCUCACUCUUUGUUUUCUUCUCACAUCACUCUCUUCUUCUUCUUCUCAUGCUUACAGGUUUUGAUUGUGAAAACUGAGAAAAAGUUGUUUAUAUAAGAAGUGGUUUAGAAGUUGAAGGAAUUUUCAGUUGCCAUGUUUAAUCUUUGGGGGAGUUCUCAUCAAGAUCAACAAACCAAAGAUGCUCUUGCUGAUUCCAAGAUAAAAGAGCUCAAGGUUGCAAUUGGACCCUUAUCAGGAAACAGCUUAAAGUACUGCACUGAUGCUUGUUUGAGGCGAUAUCUAGAAGCUCGCAACUGGAAUGUCGACAAGUCCAAAAAGAUGUUGGAAGAUACACUCAAGUGGAGAUCAGUCUAUAAGCCCGAGAGAAUCCGUUGGGACGAGGUUGCAGAGGAAGGGGAAACAGGGAAAGUUUAUAGAGCAGGUUUUCAUGACAGACAUGGAAGAACUGUUCUUAUUUUGAGACCGGGAAUGCAGAACACUUCUUCAAUGGACAAUCAGAUUAAGCAUCUUGUGUAUCUUUUGGAAAAUGCUAUGCUUAAUCUUCCACCGGGUCAAGAACAAAUGGCUUGGUUGAUAGACUUCACAGGGUGGUCAAUAACCAACAAUGUGCCUCUCAAGUCAGCUAGAGAGACGAUCAGUAUUCUACAGAAUCACUAUCCCGAGAGGCUUGGAAUAGCUUUUCUUUAUAACCCUCCUCGAAUUUUCGAAGCUUUUUGGAAGAUAGUGAAGUAUUUCUUGGAUAGCAAGACAUUUCAGAAGGUGAAAUUUGUGUAUCCGAAGAAUAAAGAUAGCGUGGAGCUCAUGAAAUCUUAUUUUGAUGAGGAAAAUCUUCCAAGUGAACUAGGUGGAAAAAGCAUAUUGAACUAUAACCACGAGGAAUUCUCCAAAUUAAUGACUCAAGAUGAUUUAAAAUGUGCAGACUUUUGGGGUUCUGAUGAAAAGCUCUCAAACCACAUGCAUUGUGCAGCAGAAGUAGCUCCAGAAGUAGCUACCUGAGGAACUUAACCUUGUUUUGACUUAGUAAAGAUAUAAGUACUAGUAUAAUCAUAAAGCUAUAAGCUCUAGCCAAAUUAAGAUUAAGGAGAUUUAUGAUGCAUUAUCCUUUGUUUACAAUAUUACUAUUUCUUCACAAUGUA